AUGACUCGUCUUCUCUCAAACCAGGCCGAUGUCAGGAAUCAAGUCUUCCUUCUUGAACAGGAUAUUACCACUCACAGUCACAUCUGUAUGUUUCUCCCAAAAUUCCAUUUAAACUGGUAUUGUGAGGUCUAUAAGGAGAGGUUUGAUCAUGCGAAGAAGCAUGUGCUUAAAUGCCUCGACAAUUGUCCUGUCGAGGUCAUUCGCUGCUUCUUCAAUCGCUCAUGGCAUUUUAUAGAUGCAUAUUGCAGAGGGUUCACCAGGAAGGCAGUGGAAUGGGCUAUUCACAAGCAGAAAAGUCAUCGCACUGUUUCUCAAAGUGCGAUGAUGAGCAUCGAGGCAGUUCUCAACUAG